AUGACUUGGCUCGUGAUUCCGAACGAGAGAUCCCGACGUCGCCAGCGGGCCGUCUUCAUCGCCAACUAUAUGAGCGAGCGCGGCGUCGAUGACGAGCAAUCUCGCCAGGAAGUGCCUCAGCUAAGCAACGUGCGACCGUGGGGCUCUUCCGAGCUUAGCCCUCGACAUCAUCGUCGCAGCUGGGAGCGCCCAGACGCUGAGCGACAAAGGCGCAUUGAGGACCGCGUGCGCGAGCAAGCCCGGGACCAAGCAGCGCACGAACAAGGACUUUCUGUUCUGAGGCGGCGUGUGGGCGCCGGCAUACUAGAUGGCGUUCGCCGGCCUCGUGAAGCUCGCAGGGCUCGCGACGCGCAGCAGCCUCACGCAUCGACGACUACUUCUGGUACUUCGGGCUCGCGCCAAGUCACCUUCGGCUUUGACCCGUGGGAGUUCCCGGGCCCGGACGAGGAUGACGACAACAAUGAGGCAUGGGAUACGCUCCUGACGACCUUGACCCCUGAUCCCCAACCACCAAGUGCCGGCGUCGUCCGCCUCGGCAUACCCCGGCUUAUCCUGAGGCCUGAUUUCGGACGCGAGCCGAGCCGGCUUGCUGAUUCUGGAUUUUCUGGCGACGGACCUCGAGCAGCCGUCUCCUACACCUUCUCUGAGCGGCGGCGGCACUGGCGGCAGAUGCGGGACUUUGCCCGAGAAAUUCGAUCGGACUCUGUCGAACGUUACACAGAACGCAUCAUUGACGAGCUCAACAGAAUUGAGAGGCGGGGUGGCAUCAUCCCUGAUGGUACACCCUAA